AUGGAGAAAAGCAUUCGCAAUUUAAUUAACCAAUUUGAAGUACUUUCAAAUUCCUUGGCGCAAGAAAAAAGUACACCAAUUCGAAAACCAAUUAAACAAUUGUCCACUCAACAAGUAUUUACUACGUCAGUUGCGGCAUCUCCAGAACCACCGAAAGCCGUUUACGUAUCCAAUGUUGGAAAUAAGAAUGUCAGCGGAAAGUUGAACAGUAUUAACCAGGAUAUAGCAGAUUUGCUUAAUGAAAUCAACGAAAGUCCGGACAUUAGCCAUGAGAAAUUCAUUGAAAUUCUGCAGGUGCUCGUGGAAAACUUGAUAUCCCUUGGUUGUAUAGAUGUUGAAGGUAACUACAAUUUGAAACAGAAGAAAGCCGCGUGCUUCUCAAGAAUUCAGGAAUGCAAUACCGAAUUAAUGAAGACCAAAUCGUACGAGGCGUUAACCCCGAAGAAAAACUUACAGAAAAGUAAAUCUUUAAGUGAAUUACCUGAAGAAGUAGAAAAAGAACAUGUAGCCGUUCCGGAGGUUCAAGAAGAAGAAAUUCACGUUUCCUUUAAAUCUGUUAAGUUGAUGAAAAAUCUUUUCGAUAGUAAGGAAAACAUCAACGAUCCACCGAAUUUUAGUGUAAAUAAAGCAUUGAAAAGAAGCGCAAGUUUCUCUGUAAAUAAUCCAUCGGUUUAUGUAGAAGCUAAAACGUUAAUUGGAAAUAAAAUUGCAAACCUCAAGCAUGUCCAAGAAAUAGAAGAACAAAAGGAAGAAGUGGAAGAAAACGAUAUUUCGGUAGUAUCAGAAAGUCUCCAGAAACCUUCCAACUUGAAGACAUCAGCGAAGAUCAUUGAACUAACAAUGCAAGAAGUAAAUGAUGUUGAUGAUGAAGAAAUUAAAGAAUCAAAUGAAGAUGAUAAACACAUUAUACAAGAACAACCUAAGAAUAUCAUUGAAAAAACUAUUUGUAAUCUGAAAAAGCUUGAUGAAGUCAAAACUAUAGAAUCCCAUGAAUCUAUAAAACAAAUUUCGCUAGAACAACCAAAGAAUAUUAUCGAAGAAACUCUUAGUAAGCUGAAAAAAGUUGACGAAGAAAAAAUCAUAGAAUCCCAUGAAGAAAUUCCACAGGAACAAACGAAGAAAAUUAUCGAGGAAACUCUUAGUAAUCUGAAGAAGGUUCCUAAGCAUACAGAAGAAACUCAUGUUGCAGAAGAAGAUUCAAAUAUAAAGGUGGAUGAACAAAGAUUAUUAAAACCAUCAAGUCUGAAAGCACCCAAUGAAGAAAGAAUAAAACACGAAGAAUCUGUUGAGAAUGUGCAGCCAAAGAGCGAUGAAGCUGUAACAGCAAAAAAUGACAAACUUACUGAAAAUAUACAGUCAAACGAAAAUUCUUCAGCCUUAACUUCUUUUAGUCUCUUAAAGAACAUACUAAACACGCAAGGACAAUCUAAGAAUAAUGAGAAUGAAGUUGAAAUUGGAGAGCAAGUAGACGUGGAAUUUGUGACAUCAGAAUUUGAUGAGCUUUGCGAUGAAAAUGAAAUAGAUGAAGAUACCGACAAGUUGUUCAAUGAUUUAAUCAAAAGCGAAGACUUAGCACCUGUUUCAAGAGAUUCUGAAUGUUCUAUGGACACCGUUAUUAGCGUUGAUACCAAAGAAGCCACAGAAGAAAUUGAUGUAGAUCCAGUAUUGCAAAAUGCUGUGUAUUCAAAGAUUCCGGAAAUAGCAAUUUGUCCUGCUGCUCCCGAAGGAUACGAAAAUGAAAAUAAUGAUUCAUAUGUUAGGCCACCUGGAAUACAAAUUUGUCCUCGAGCUCCUGAAGGAUAUAUAAGCCCUUAUGAUGAUCCUAAUACAGUUCCUGAAGGAGAUGAAUAUUCAGAACUCAGAAAAUUAACAGAACAAUCAAUUCAAAACGAGGUAACUGAGAAUGAAAAUGAUGACGAUUCAAAUCAAUUACGGGUUACGCAAAUCCCGAAGGAGUCUUUGUCCACAUUAACUGAUGAAGAUAAACAAGAACAAGCUAUACUAUUUGAAAUUGAUCAUUUGUUUAACGAUUUGAAUCAAUACAAGGAUAUUGUAGAUACAUUUGAUUCUAGCAAAGAUCUUUCUAAAGUAGAAGAGAUUGAAAUGCAGUUGUACAUGUUGUUGGAGCGAUUAGAAAAGAUACAAUCUAUAAAUGAUAAAACAGACAAAUUGAAAUUAUGA